AUGGUUUCCUUCGUGGAGGACCUAUGGUCCAGCAUUUUCACUCCAGGUCCCACCCCAACCCUCCUGAUCGCAACCAACGUAUCCUUCGCCGCCCUCCAGCUCGUUUUCUUCGCCCUUCUUCUAGCUACAUACAGUCUGCACUUUGUCGCGCUCUCCAUCAUCAGCGCGGGACUAUGGUACUCCAUCAACUGGUUCGCGGCCGAAGUGCGACUCGCCCAACUGGCUCAGGAGGCUGAAAAGAAGAAGGAAAAAGACCAAGAGGAUGACACCCGUGCGCGCGGAGCCAGUGUUGGCAGCGAUACUGAGACUGAGGUACUGGCUUCCAAGAAGCAGAAUAAGUCUGAGGCUGUCGCGACUGGAAGCACUUCCAGGUUGCAGCCUACCGAGCUGGAUUCGAAGAAGAGACCCAGUACUGGUGGUGAUGGCUCUGGAUAUGGAAGCACUGAUAGCGAGUGGGAGAAGGUUGAUGACACCCGGUCCUGA